ACUUACAUAUUUGGAUGGGUUCCUAGGAUUAGCGCAGUCUAUACCGCCCAAUUCAAUCUAUUCCCCUUAUUUAUCAUGUCUGAUGGAGCUUUGGUUAAAAUGGAGGUUGAUUUCUCGGCUAGUGCCGACGAAUUGAUACCAAUCGCCAGAUCACUCGCUGAAGCAGGAAGAGUCGAAGAGGCUAUUGAGAAAUGUGUGGUGCUUGAAGCACAGACGCGAAUUGCUUGUGACGCGAUAACUACUAGUCGUCUUCUUGAAACCAUAAUUGUUAUAUUGGCUGAGGCGAAAAGGUGGAAGAAGUUAAACGAAUAUCUCUUGUCUAUGACUAAGAAAAGAGGACAGCUUAAACAGGCUGUGACUAAGAUGACGCAAAAGGCAAUUGAAUAUUUGGAGCAAACACCUGAUAAGUCAUCUAAACUUGAACUCUUGGGUGCUCUUCGAACUGUAACUGAAGGAAAGAUCUAUGUAGAAGUUGAAAGAGCACGCCUCACUCGUGAGUUAGCCCGAAUAAAAGAAGAAGAUGGUGAUAUAGAGGAAGCAGCCUCUGUGCUACAGGAGCUACAAAUCGAAACUUUUGGUUCUAUGGAAAAAAAGGAAAAAGUUGAAUUUAUUUUGGAGCAAAUGCGCCUCUGUUUAGCCAGAAAGGAUUACACUAGGGUCCAAAUAAUUAGCAAGAAGGUGUCGACAAAGUUUUUCCAAGAACCGGGAACAGAGGAACUUAAGCUAAAAUUUUACAACCUCAUGAUUCAAGUUGAUUCUCUUGAGCAUUCGUAUCUAUCUAUUAGUAAGCACUACUGGGAAGUAUUCAAUACAAAAUCUGUAGAAGCUGACGAGAAGCAGAAAUUAAAUGCCCUAAAAAAUGUUAUUGCUUAUCUUCUCCUUGCUCCGUUUGACAACGAGCAAAACGAUCUGAUGCAUCGUCGAAAGUCUUUUAGAAUGUUGGAAAGCAUACCUCAAUACUCAUCUAUGCUCGGCAAGUUUUUAAGCAAGGAGCUUAUGCGGUGGGAUGAAUUCCUUAUUAAAUUCAAGGAUGUUCUUACUUCGGACAUCGUUUUAUUCUCUGACAAAGAUGGGCCUGAUAAAGCACAGAAGCAUUGGGAUGAUCUUCAUUCUCGCGUUAUUGAGCAUAACAUUCGAGUUAUAGCUGAAUACUACACGCAGAUUCGACUAAAGCGCUUGGCUGAGCUGCUUGAUCUCAGUGUGGAGAGCUUAACUGGCUUUCGGAUUUAA